AUGAGCGAAAGCGAUAAAUAUAAUCAUAUUAAUAAAUAUCUAAACGAAAAUGAAGAAAUUCUUUUGAAAGAAUUAAAGGGUAAAUACGAAUUUAUGGAUAUGGAAGAAAUAAAGAAUUACAAAGAGAAGAAACUUCAUCAUGAAUUAACUUUAGAAGUUCAAAAGUUUGUUAAUAACAAAGAUGUGGAAUUAAUAGAUAAGUUUCGUUUAUUUUAUACGUAUUUAUCACCAUUAAUAACCAAAUUAAAAAAAACAAUAUAUGCUGAAUUAUUAUAUAUAGUAACAGUAGAGUUUGAUACAAAUUGGACAAUAGAAUAUGUAAGAGAAUCUGAAAAGAAUUUAGAAAAUGACAAGGAUGCGAUAAUAAUAUAUAGAUGUAUAUUAAUAUUAAAAUAUAUAAAAUUAGAAGAUUAUAAAAAUUGUGAAGCAGAAAUUGAAAAUGCAAAAAAUAUGUUACAAGGUGUUAUAGGUUUAAAUAUCGUAGCUCAUAAAUUUUAUAAUUAUGCUUUAAUGUGUUAUUAUAAAGCUUUAAAGAAAUCAGAUUUAUAUGUAAAAUAUGCACUUUUAUAUUUAGCAUAUACACCAUUAAAUGAUUUAAAUGAUUAUGACAAGAUAGAUAUAGGAACAUAUAUAUGUAUACAUUCUAUAAUUAGUGAAAAUGUAUAUAAUAUUGGUGAAAUUAUACAACUACCAUUAAUAAAUAUAUGUAUAAAAAAUAAUGAAGAAACAAAUUGGUUAUAUGAAUUAAUAUAUAUAUAUAAUGAAGGUAAUAUUGAUUCUUUUAAUGAAACUAUUGAAAAAUAUCAAUAUAAUAUUGAAAAUUGUAUAUUAAAAAAUUAUCAACAUAAUAUGUUAAAAAAAAUGACUCUACUAGCAUUAAUGGAUCUAGCUUUUAAAAAAAAAAAACAAAGAGAAGAUAUUUCUUUUAUUGAAAUUGCACAACAUUGUAAAAUAGAUAUUAAUGAAGUUGAAAAAAUGUUAAUAACAGCAAAAAGUAAAAAUAUUAUUACUUGCAAAAUUGACGAAAUUCAGAAAACAGUUAAAAUUACAUGGGUUAAACCAAGAGUACUUAAUAAUGAAAAAAUUUAUUUUAUGAAAGAAAGUAUAGACAAGUGGAUCAACAAUUCUAAAAACCUCAUUACAUAUAUGGAAGACUUAUCAGUCGAAUUGUUGAUAUCUUGA